UCCCUUCUAUUUCUCUGUUCUAACUUCAUGUUUAUUAUUCCUUCUUCCUGUGACUAAAGACUAAAUUUUGAGAAAAAUAAUUUUAUAGUUUUUGAGCAGUUUUUCAGAUUGAUUUAUUGUUUAUCUACAUCCUUUUUAUUCAUGAUAGGAAAUAGAUUAUCUAUUUGUUGUCACGUAUACAAUAUUCACGCAAACUUUAAAUGAAAACAUGGAGGAUAAAAAGAAAAAUGUUUGUAUAGUGGUUUUGGGGGACAUUGGACGGAGCCCUAGGAUGCAAUACCAUUCAUUGUCUUUAGCUGAGAAAGGACAUAAAGUGGAUAUUAUUGGCUAUGGCGAAACAGAACCGUUGCAUGAAAUUAAAAUGUCGCCAUCUAUUUACUAUCAUUUCUUAUGUCCAGUACCAUAUAUACCUAUAAGAUCAGUAAAUUAUAUAUUUAAAACUAUAUUUCAAGCACUAAAUCUGUUAUUCCUUCUUUUUACUAUAAGAUCACCUAGUGUUUUAAUGGUACAAAAUCCUCCAGCAAUUCCAAGUCUUGUAGUUUGUUGGCUGUUUUGUAGAGUUAAACGGGCAAAAUUUAUUAUUGAUUGGCAUAAUUACGCCCAUACUAUUAUGGCUUUAAAUGUACAGAGUGAUAAAAAGAACAAAUUUGUUAAAUGGACUGAAAAAUGUGAAGCAUUUGCUGGAGCAAGAGCUGACCACAAUUUCUGUGUAACCAACGAAAUGAAAAAUGAUUUACUUACAAGAUGGAAUAUUAAGUCACAAACUCUUUAUGAUAAACCACCUGAAAUUUUUCGACCUAUUACUUUGAAAGAAAAGCACAAUUUCCUUUUAAAACUGGGCCAGAUCUAUAAAACUAUUUUAAAUGAAACUAACUCUACAGUUUUUACAGAAUUAAGCGGUACUGAUAUAGUAUUAAAAGAAAAUAGACCAGGAUUAUUGGUAUCUAGUACCAGUUGGACUGAAGAUGAAGAUUUUUCAAUAUUAUUUUCAGCUUUGCAGGAUUAUGAAAACCACAUAAGAAAUGGAAAUGUAAGGAAACUACCUAAUUUAAUCUGUUUCAUAACAGGAAAAGGUUAUUUAAAACAGUAUUAUACAAAAAUAAUUGCCAAAGAAAACUGGGAACAUAUAAAAGUUAUAACUCCCUGGUUGGAUUCUAGUGAUUAUCCAUUAAUAUUGGCUUCUGCUGAUUUAGGGAUUUGUCUGCAUACUAGCUCAAGUGGUCUAGAUUUGCCUAUGAAAGUCGUUGAUAUGUUUGGUUGUUGUCUUCCAGUUCUGGCAUAUGAUUUCAAAUGUUUGCACGAAUUAGUUGCAGAUGGGAAAAAUAGUUACACUUUCAAAACAUCUGAAGAUUUAUCUUCAAAAUUGCUUUCUUGGUUUGACAAUUUUCCUAAUAACAAAAACCAACAGGAGAUUGAUGUAAAAUUUAAAGCUGAAUUAAAGACAUUCCAAUCAUUGCGGUGGAAGGAAAACUGGAAUAAUGUUGCUUGUCCUGCAUUCCAAUAACUUAACAAUUAUUAUUCUAAUAAAAAAAUUAGAAUGCAUUUACCACUAAACUGCUAGAUUUAUUUCAAUGUAAACAAUAAGUUAUUAAGUUAAUUUAAACAUGACGAAAUAAACUAUGACAAAUAAAAAGCAUUUAUUAAGUGUAAAA